UCCCAUAAUUCAAAAGACUUAAGAAACAUACUAAAUGGUGUUUUCUGGAAAUCUAAAAAUGCGAGUAGUUUCCUGUCAGGGGAAGGUUUAGGUAUAAAAAAAACAAUUGCAUUCAAAUGGUAAUAAAACAAGAACUCAUGGAGAUAUAAUAAAACAAACAAAGGCUCAUCAUUUUGAUGCAUAAUAUAUUCAUAGCAGAAAAUAUUCUGAGGGACACCGAAUUAAAAAAUGCUGUUUAACAAAAAAAAAAAAAAAAAAAAACAACGGGGAAAGAGUUAAAUAUGUUAAAUAAGACAAAUAUGAUUUAUUUAUUCAUUUUAAUUUCAUUAAUGAGUGUCUUUGCUACUGACCUUCAAUGGACCAGUUCAUCCAGACGUCUCAAAUCAAAAGUACAUCACAUUACUUUCCAUAAAAAGUUUCUUUCAUGCCCCACAAAAGUGUGCAGUGCGUCUCUCUCCAAAAAGUCUUCCAAAAUGUUACUAAAAAUCUAUUUUUAUAUCUGAAAUUACAAAUGCUCAAUGACUGAUGAAAACCAGUAACGACCUGUUUUGUGAAGGGGAAUCUUAUUAGUAAUUCUACUAGAUACUGCAGAAAAUAACAUUAUUACUGUAAGUAGUUAUUGCCUCCAGAAGACCACAGAGACCAGGAUUCAGGAGUCUCGAGCAGAACACAGAAAAAACACCUUCAUUUCCUUCAGAGACGCACAGAUCUGUUCAACCGCUCGUUCAGUGAGUAUACUAUAAUCAGUAUUAACUGAAGGGGAGAGCGCUUGUAAGCGAGCGCGAGACUUUAAAUAUGUACAUAAAUAUCAGGACGUGGUGAAUUCUCUGAAACGGUGACUUUGGAUAUAAAAGAGACUGCUUUCACAAUAUGGUUUUCCAAAAGUGAGGGAUAAACUGAGCCUCGUGGACUUAAUGAACGGCGCCGUGAACUGAAGGAUUAAAACAGAAUCUGCAUCUGACCUCACAGAGCAUCCCUCUUAUCAGUCCUGCAGGAAAAUACAAUUCCAUAAAAACGUAUAAUAAAUGAAAGUUUUUACUCGGCUCAUUCCCACUUUUUUAAUAAACGUGUCUCAUCCAGCUCAGGUCUGAAAUCAUGUAAAGAGUAUGGUCUCAUAACUUCAUGAAGAACUAAAACUCUGAUUUGUCUGUAAUUGAGUCCUCAAACAUAAAAAAGUAUUUAUUAUUCCAUGGAUCCUCAUCACAGGAGGAGUAAAGUGGACUCUUCUUAUGUUUUUGGUCACGUAACCAAUUUAGUUUAAAAUCAUCUAGAAACCAGAGGAGCUUUUCUUCUCAGGAUCAAAUGAGCUGCCAUAAGAGUGAUUUUUAUGAAACCCAGAUGUAUAUAUCAUCCGAAGCUGAAUAAAUCAUCUCUCCACUGAUGUCUGGUUUGUUCUGAUCGGACAAUAUCUGUCUGAGAUACGACUAUUAGACCUGGAGUCUAAAUAAAUCUAAAUAUUGAGGAAAAAAUCUCCUUUAAAGUUGUGCAAAUGACGUUCUUAGCAAUGCAUAUUACUAAUCAAAAAAUACCUUUUGAUAUGUUUACUGCGGAAAAUGCGCAAAAUAUUUUUGGCAUGUAAUAAAAAAGAAUAUCCCUGCCCCAUGCAGUGUCUUUAGUCUCCAGGCUGUCAGGUAUAUCAUGAGCUCUGAAGUCUGGAGCAUCAUAAACGAUGAUCUGUGAUCCGGUCUGAGGAGGAUUUGGCCUGUCCUAGAGGUCAGAGCUUGAGGUCUUCUGGAGGACACUUUCUGCUGGACAAAGUCUGAUUAUACCACGUGAGAGGCGGGUUUAACCCGGGUCUGAUACAGGAAUAGAGCUGUAGGUGGAGUCCUGGAGGGCUGAGGGCCGGAGACACUCCGGUGUGUGAUUAUGGAUAAUCCCUCCUUAAAUAACCCUGAGCGGUCAGCUAAUGUUGCGCAGGACGAGGACAAUACCGCCGGACGGAGAGAGCGUGUUUCAUGUCAGCGCGAGGCCAGGAUGAAUUUCGCGGCGCAGUUUUUUGCUAACUUGGUGAGCGACGGCGUGCAGGAGACGCGGAGGAGCUUUAACGACAGCGAGGAGUACGAUCCCUUCUGGCAGAGUGCGGAGCAGCGGCGAGGAUCGUCCAGACCCGACUGCUCCUUCCACAGCGGCCCGUGUGUCAAAGACGGUCAGAUCGGGAACGGACGCCUCGGACGCCGCUCCACACUCAUCUGCCCGGAACGCCUGAAGGACUUCGGGGCCGAGGAGUACCUCAAUGGAGACGUGAGGGUCCACGAGGGCAGCGUCUCUCAAGCGGCGGAGCUCCAGUUAAUGUCCACACCCAAACCACCGAAGAAGAGCGGAGAGAGCAAGACUACAGCCAAAGCUGUCCCUGACCACCUCCGCUUCGAGGACAUCAGCGCCGCUGCCUUCAGACUCCAGCAGAGCAGCAUCCAGAAGACACCCUGCACGUACUCCAGACUGUCCAAGCAGUACGGCAUGGAGAUCUUCCUGAAGAAGGAGCUUCUGCAUUACACGGGUUCGGUGAAAGAGAGAGGAGCACUGUACCUGCUGUCCUCUCUCAAGCAGGAUCAGCAGAGGAAGGGCGUGAUCGUGGCCACGGACUGUAACUUCUCGAUGGCGGUGGCGUAUCACGCGGUGGAGCUGCGUAUCCCGGUGUUCGUCAUCAUGCCGGCCUACAGCUCUCCUCCUCGCCUGCGCAUGUACCGAGACUACGGAGCUAUGGUUAUUUCCUACGGCAGCACGGCCCGAGACUCCAUCAACCACGCCAGACACCUGGCCCGAGAGAACGGAUACCUGUGUCUGGAGGAGGAUGACAGCGCCGUGUAUCUGGCUGGUCUGGGAACAGUGGGUUUGGAGAUCUAUGAGCAGGUGCCCAAGCUGGACGCCGUCAUCGUGCCUGCGGGAGGACACUGUGGGCUCCUGACCGGAGUCGCAGCUGCCAUCAAACACCUGAACCCUCGCAUCUCUGUCAUAGGUGUAGAACCAGAGGAGUUUCCUCUUCUACUGCAGUCCCUCAAAACAGACUCUCCCAUUAAAGAUCUCUACUGCAACCCCAACAAGAAACUCUACAGAGAUCUGGUGGAUCACUCUCUGGGCACACACACCUUCCAGCUGGCCAAGAAAAUGGUGGACAAAGUCAUUUCUGUCAGGGAGGCGGAUGCUCUGGUGGCCAUGCUGCGCUUUCAGGAGUACGAGCGCUCGACCGUGGACACAGAAGGAGCCAUGGGCCUGGCCGCAAUCUUAGCUGGACAGCUUCCAGAGCUGAAAGGGAAAAGGGUGGCGGUGGUGGUGAGCAGCGCUAACAUGGAGCUGGACCUGGUCCUGCAGUGCGUGGAGAGAGCUCUGGUUCUGGACGACAGGGUCAGUCGCUUCACGGUGCAGCUGGCCGACUGGCCCGGAGACAUGGCCAAACUCCUGGACCUGCUGGCCAGAGAAGACGUCAGGUUGCUGGAUGUUUGUCACAGACGGUACAGUGAUAAAGGAGAGCUCUUCAAAGCACAGGUGGAGUGUGUCGUUGAAAUGAGGGAUAAAAGUCAGAACUCACAGCUGCGUCGAACACUGUCUGACCGAUACCCUUCACUGCGCUGGCUGGAGCGGUGAUCUGCACACACACACACACACACACACACACAC